UGGCAGACUUACUAAAGUCUACAAAGCCAAUUGGAGAGCUGUAGAUGGAGAAAAGACGAUUGCAGUCAAAACGUAUAAAUACCUCAAAAAUGAAGAUCAAUACAUUGAUAGAAAGCUCAAGUACAUAUCACGUCUUAGCCAUGAUAAUAUUCUAACCCUAUAUGGUAUCAGUGUAUAUAAUGAUACAAAAGUGGCCCUACUAAUGGAGUAUGCGGAUUGUGGAUCACUUGACAAUGUCCUACAUGGGAAUAAUAGAAAUAUGAAAUACUCAUAUUAUGACGCCAUUUUUUGGAUGCUUCAAUGUGUCAAGGGAAUGGCUUACAUGCAUGACAGUAACAUUAUCCAUCAUGAUCUGAAACCAUCAAAACUGCUAUUUGUGCACAAUCUUCAAACACUAAAAAUUGGGAGCUCCAACUGCAUGACUGAAGUUGGCUCUCUCAGUUAUAUGGCACCAGAGGUCAUAAGUAAUCAGAAAUACACGGAGAAGUGCGAUGUUUACAGCUUUGGGAUUAUACUCUGGGAGAUUAUGUCAAGAAAGAAACCACAUUACCAUUUGUCCCAAGUCUCUUCCUGGGUACUCAUGCAACAUCUUGUGAAAGGUAAUCGUCCAGAUUUGAAUGAUGUUAACAUUUUUGCAAAUUCCGAUCCGAUAAAAGAUUUGAUCAGCAAGUGCUGGGAUUCAGAUCCCAAGAAGCGACCUUCCAUGAAAGACUUAAUUGUGAUUCUUGGCAACUUAUUACCGUCAACAUAAUUCAUAUACAGAUACAAACCUCUUAAGUUAAAGCACUAUUUUAUAUUUUUUUAAUUACCACUCGCUUGUGUUUUUGCGAGGGUCUCCAUACCGGGAGCACUACAAAAUCUACAACAAACGGUCAAUAAAACUAAAGCAUUACAUUUUAGUAUUA